UGUGUGUGUGUGUGUGUGUGUGUGUGUGUGUGUGUGUAUAUCAGUUGAUGUUGUGAUGGGUUUAUCUGAGGCCCUCUGUUUCUGCCUAGAACUGUAACAGUGGUAAUGUGCAGUGAGGCAAUCGCUGAUAGACAGAUAUUACUGUUCUAAGGGAUGUCCGACCUGUAAAGUAGAAAAGGCGUUAUCAGUCAUGUUACUAUCAGUGUUUUUCUAAGAAAUGUGUGUUUCAUGGCUGUGUAAUAAAGACUAGCUAUUCAGGAAGUUAUUUGAAUUGAACAUUUCCAAAACUUUUGACAUAAAUAGCAUCCCCUUUUCAGAUGAUUGAUAACUCAUUGACAACAGAUGCCCUUUUCCAAUUAUUGAAUCGUAAUUUCAGUUUACUGUAUCAGCCAGACUAGAAUUUACUUCCUUCAAUUCGAAUGGAUCUCAACCCUGGUUAACACGCACAAUACCAUCUCUGCCAAUCAUUUAGAAAACGAGUUGAUAAAACCUCAAAACAUUGGAAACAAAUGAAUGAGGGGGGAAAACAAAAUGAUGCAACUUCCAACUGCCGUAUAGUUGAACCCAAAUUAAAAGACGAGGGUAACCUAAAAUGCAUACCCAAAUCAUUUUAAAAAAUGGGCAUCUUUAAAAAAAAAAUCAAGAAAUAACUAAUCUAUUAAUGAUUGCGUUAAGCCUACACAAUGAAGGGAUGACAGGAUAGGUUGGAUUGAAUGUAACUUUUUUAUUCAAUCAGUAUUAUGUGUUUUAAAUGUGGUGCAAGCACAAAUCUCGAACCCAAUCAAUACACACAUUUGGACUUUGUGUCAUUAUUGUGACAGGCAACACAUCAAGGUUCAUCAGCCAACACUACACAUUUGCACAUUCCACCUCAGUUCACUUCCUUACAUGUAGUAGCCAAUAAGAUUUGGGCCAGGCCCCUUUUCUCCAGCAGGAGCCAUAAAACCCCUUGGCCCCAGACACAAGGUACCGUUAGGUCCAAGAACCCCCAGAAGUAAAGUAGAUCCACCUUGCCCAUUAGCAAUCAUGAAAUUCUCUAUCGUCGCUGCUCUUGUUGUUGUGCUGGCCAUUGGCUGUGAGUCCAGUUCCCUGGUGAAGCGUGACAUCCCUGCUGAGAUCGAGACUCUCAACAAGUACUUCCAGGACGCCAUUGAGAAAGUGAAGUCUCAUGAGCUGAUCAGCCAGGCUCAGGGUUACCUGGAGGAGGGUAAGACUCAAAUCACGCCUCUGACCGACAAGAUCCAGGAGCAGAUGAAAUCCUUUGUCAGUGACAUCGAGGAGCAAGUGCGUCCCAUGGCUGAUAAACUGCAGGCCCAGUUCAUGCCUCUGGUCGACCAGAUGCAGGCCCAGUUCAAGCCUCUGGCUGAUGACUUGCAGGCCCAGAUGGAGCAGCUCUUCCAGACCGUGGUUGACCAAACCAAGGCUCUCCUCCCCCCCCAGUAAAACUAACGUAACAUCCC